ACGCUCCAAUAACAGAGCGUGACCAUUAUUCUCUGCAAGGAACGGUGACCUCUACGUACCCUUCUGCCUUGUCUAUCAAGCAAAUUAAAACCCCAUCACUGUUCCUCUGUCUCUAUCUCUAUCUCUCUCUAUCUCUCACCCAUAAAAAUCACCCUGAUCCAUUUUCUCUCAUCUUCUCUUUUAACAUCCAAAACGAUCAAAACCUCCACUUUCAUCCGAAGCAAAGCAGAGAUGAAGCUAAAGAAAGGUAAAGUAUACCCAUCUCCGUCUCCGUCGUCAUCUUCGUCUUCGACGUCUGCAAUUCCGUCUCCUUCUGAUGGAGAUUUUCUCACCGUGUUGAAGCUCCUCCCAGCGGCGAUUCUAGCUCUAGCCUCCGUGCUCUCCCUAGAGGACCGUGAAGUCCUGGCCUACAUGAUUACCCGCUCCUUGAAACCCACAACCCCGUCUCCGAUCACCCAGGAGUCCAAGAGAAAAAACCCCAAGAAAUCCCUAAACAGCGGCAACAACAACAAGAUCAGUAACAACACCCACAAACCUCCGAUGUUCGACUGCGACUGCUUCGACUGCUACACCAGCUACUGGUUCAGGUGGGACUCCUCGCCCAACCGCGAGCUAAUCCACCAGGCGAUCGAGGCCUUCGAGGACCAUCUGGCCCACGGAGAACAGUCAAAGAAGGUUAACGGCAGAGGCAAACGCAGAGAGAAACCGACCAGUCGCCGCGCUCCAGAAAAGUCCAUCGAUAUUUCGGAGACUCCGGUUAUACAGGAGAUUGAGGAAAGCUGUGCCUUUUCUGUGACCUCUCCGGAAAACGACGUGGCUUCUGCGAGCUCGACGGACAAGGGUGAUGUUUUUGUGGAAGGAAGUGGUAAGGAGAAGAAUAAGGAGCAUGAGGUGGCCAUUGAAGAGGUCGUGGUAGAGAAGGAAGAAGAGGAGGAGGAGGCUACGGUGGUUGAAGCGGCAAUGGUGGCGGCUGGCAGUAGCAACAACCACAAGGGUUUGGCCCGGAAGGUGCUGCCGGACGUGUUGGGUUUAUUAAAUUCUCGACUGUGGAGCCUUUGGAGUCCGAAUGUGUGGUAAUACCCUAAAUCAACGGACAUUGUCGAGUAAGUCAAGAAACUCAGAAGUGCCCGCCCCCUUCCUAUUCAAGAAACUUUCUGCUGGCUGUGCUUCUUGUGAUCUCAUGCAUGCAGUGAAACUUGAUGACCAUGAUAUCUAUUGUCUUUGUCUCCAAGGAUGAACUGUACGUGGGUGUUAUAAAAUAAUAUUUGGUAAUAAAUUAUACCCAAA